UUCACUCCGCUCUUGUCCGGGGGAGAGAAGCUGGGAGGACGGCGAGCCGCUCGCCUCUUCGUGCGCCUGUCUGCCCGCCGGUCGCGCUCAACUUUCGGCUCGCUCGCUCAGCCGGCGCCCGCCCGCAAGAGAAGCGCCGCUCGGCAGCCGUAGCAGCCCCGAAGCCGGCCGCCCUGCGCGCUUUUUCCGCCGACAAAGUUAAUCGUCGCGACAGGCCCGGCGGAGGCAGCGUGGCGGCCUCUCCCCCUUGGCAGCCGCCGCUCUCGUAGGCCGCGCGCUGGGGCGCUUCAGCAGGCCAGCCCCGACUUCCGGAUCGGUGUCCCGAAAGCGGCUAGGCCCCUCUCUUGGCGCGGCACCUGCGCGGACCCGGCCCCCUCCCGCCCGCUCCGACGGCUCUUCGCCCUGGAAGGGAUGGUCGGCCGCCGCCUCUUUUGAUAAACGUGCCCGUGGACGCUCCGCCGAGGACUCUCCGCGAGGGGCGAAGAAGCCGCCCUUGCUACUGAGGAAGCCGCGCCGGUUCGCCCCGCGCACUCACCACCCACGGGCCAUGGAAGUCCACGUCGGGCUGGGCAGGGUCUACGGCCGGCCGCCGGGAAAAACUUUCCGCGGGGCUUUCCAGAGCCUUUUCCAGAGCGUCCGCGAGGCUUUCCAGAGUCCCGGGCCCGGCGGAGCGCGACAGGAGGUCGUGGCCAGCGGCCAAAGCGCGGGCUCUCCUUCGGCUGGCCCGUGUGCGCCGGGCGGCCGCCUGCAGGAGCCCAGCCCGCGGCGGCAGCAGCAGCCCGGCUCUCCUUCUUACCUGCCGCUGGAUGAGGCUGCGGCAGGCAGCAAAGGGCUUCAGCCGGCCGAUCGCGAGCCCCACCCGGCGGCCUCCUCCUCCUCCUCGGCCGCCUCUUCGUCGCUGGCCUUGCUGGUUCCCUCGUUCCAGGGCUGCUCCGGGGACCUGAAAGACAUCUUGGCCGAGAGCAGCAGCCUCUUGCCGGCGACGGAAGGGGAGCCGCGCGGCGGCGGGGCGGCGGACGGCGGCGAAGCCAGCGCGCCCAAGGAAGACUACUUGGGCGAGAGCGCCAAGGAGCUGUGCAAAGCCGUCUCGGCCUCCAUGGGCUUGGCGGUGGAAGUGCUCGAAGGGCCCGGCGGCGGCGGCGGCGAAGCGGCAACGAGCCGCGGCGACUGCAUGUUCGCGCUGCCGGGCGCGCAAGCUCGGCCCGUGGCCGUGGGCGGCUGCAAGAUCGUCGAAGCCGAGCAGGAAGGCGGCGGCGGCGGCGGCGAGGGCGCGCUGGCCAUGGACGUGCCGGGCCACAUCAGCCUCUUCAAGAGCUCGCCUGAGCUGGACGAACCGCCGGCGGGCGCCUUCCAGAGCCGCGACUACUACAACUUCCAGCUGGCGCUCGCCUCGCAUGGCCGCAUCAAGCUGGAGAGCCCGCUGGAGUACGCGGCGGGCGGCAUCUGGGGCGCGCAAUAUCGGCGCGCCGGGGAAAUGCCCGCCUUGGCGCCCCACUACGCCGCCUCUCCGGGCCCGGCCUGGCACCCCUUCUUCGCGGAAGACGCGCAAGUCUACGGCCCGUGCGCCUCGGCCGAGGCCGCCGCCCAGAGCCCCUUCGGCUACGGCAGGGGCCAAGGGCCGAGCGGCCAGGAAGGAGCCGACCUGCCUUCCGAGGUGUGGUACCCCGGAGGCGUGAUGGGCAGGAUGCCCUUCGCUCCGGCGCCCGGCUGCAUCAAGACGGAGCUUGGGCCUUGGAUGGAGGGCUACGCGGGCGCCUACGGAGACGUGAGGCUGGAAUCCGGGAGGGACCAUGUUCUGCCCAUUGACUAUUACUUCCCACCACAGAAGACAUGCCUGAUAUGUGGGGACGAAGCUUCAGGAUGCCACUAUGGAGCCCUGACCUGCGGAAGCUGCAAAGUCUUUUUCAAAAGGGCAGCUGAAGGUAAGCAAAAGUACCUCUGUGCCAGCCGAAAUGACUGCACCAUUGAUAAAUUCCGAAGGAAAAACUGUCCCUCCUGUCGCCUGAGAAAAUGCUACGAAGCAGGGAUGACCCUCGGAGCCCGCAAGUUGAAGAAAUUGGGCAACCUGAAGAUGCAAGAAGAAGGGGAGGCAGCAGGGCCCUCGAGCCCCACUGAGGAGCAAGCCACGAAAAUGCCGCUGGCGCAUAUUGAUAGCCUGGAAUGCCAGCCCAUCUUCCUCAAUGUCCUGGAAGCCAUUGAGCCUGGCGUGGUUUGCGCAGGGCACGACAACAACCAGCCCGACUCCUUCGGCUCCCUUCUCACCAGUUUGAAUGAACUUGGAGAGAGGCACCUGGUACAUGUGGUGAAAUGGGCAAAAGCCUUGCCAGGGUUCCGCAACCUGCAUGUAGAUGACCAGAUGGCCAUCAUUCAGUACUCCUGGAUGGGCUUGAUGAUUUUUGCCAUGGGAUGGAGGUCCUUCACCAAUGUGAAUUCCCGGAUGCUUUAUUUUGCUCCAGACUUGGUCUUCAAUGAGUACCGAAUGCACAAAUCCAGAAUGUACAGCCAGUGUGUCAGGAUGCGACAUCUCUCUCAAGAGUUUGGAUGGCUUCAGAUUACGCCUCAAGAAUUUCUCUGUAUGAAGGCUCUGCUCCUCUUCAGUAUCAUCCCAGUGGAUGGCCUGAAGAAUCAGAAGUUCUUUGAUGAGCUCCGGAUGAACUACAUCAAGGAGCUGGACCGCAUCAUUGCUUGCAAAAGGAAGAACCCCACGUCUUGCUCACGUCGCUUCUAUCAGCUCACAAAGCUCCUGGACUCCGUGCAGCCGAUUGCCAGAGAGCUGCAUCAGUUCACCUUUGACCUCUUGGUGAAGUCCCACAUGGUGAGUGUCGACUACCCUGAAAUGAUGGCGGAGAUCAUCUCGGUGCAGGUCCCCAAGAUCCUUUCUGGGAAGGUGAAGCCCAUCUACUUCCACUCCCAGUGAGGGCGAGUGGUGGACGGCCUCCUUUCCUCGGGCCGCUGGACUCCUGCCCUGCAGUGCCUUGGCCCAAGAGGCACAGUGUGUCCCCCCAAGAGGCACAGUGGCCACAAAGAACUCCUUGCUGGGCCCCUUUCAGGUUCAUCUUUCCUGCUUUGCCCUGAACUUGCCUUCAUGUCAAGAGAUUUGCCGGCUUCCGUGGCCCAUUGUGUGCGUGGACUUCCUCUUCCAGUUUUGUGGCGUGGCGCCUGGCGGCCCUGUUUACAUUCUUGUGCUUGUGCAUUCCCCACUGUGGCUUUGGUGGCCCCCUGCAACCCAGGGAAGGGCCUGGCCCAGAACCACCCACGGCUACUUUCCUGGUGCUGUUUAUUUUCUGCCCAGUGGCAAGCAGGUCAUAAGGGAAGACUUUCCGGGUGGGAGUGGGGUGUGUGUGUGUGUUGGGUUGGUUUUUCAGCAGUCUUUGCAGCCCCCUUUUUCAUCUCUCCAAGAAAAGGUCUGAAGCAUCCCUGGAAAUGGCGAGAGACGCAAACCCCAAAGCAGACCAAGAGAAUGUAGUGGCUAUCCAUGCGCCUGCUAGACUUUGCUUUCAGACAGGGCUUUAUUUGCACAUACAAUCAAGACACCCAUCCUUCGUCCAACUACGUACGUAGAAUAACAAGGUUGGAAGGGACCUUGGAGGUCUUCUAAUCCAGCCCCAGCCCCGCUCAAGCAGGAGGCCACAGACAGCCCGUCCUGUUCCCAGCGCUCGGACCUUCAGCUUCACUUUCUCACUUGAACAGACACCCGAGGAGAGCCGGGUGUCGCCUGUUGCAGUGGCUGGCGUGGAAGAUGCUCACAGAGAGCCCGAUUCCUGCAGUGGUUCCGAGGGCCACAGGAAUGGGCGGAAGGCAAGAGGAGGGCUGGAAGUUUUCCCAAGGCCCAGAAAUCAUGGGGGCUUUUUGCAGCUGGCACUACUUCAUCUUUUCUUCUUCUGUGGACCAUGAGCCAGAAGUGAAAACAUUUGCCCAGUGAAUGUGAAGACAUUCCAGUUGUGAGCUUUUUUUUCUCUUUUCAUGCUCUCUCUCUCUCUCUCUCCGUUGUAUUUCUUUUCCCCUUCCCAACCGUCCCCCAGUCAGCCUCACCCUAGCUCUGCCUCUCGUUGCACAGUCAUUCAUUUCCCUUCCUAGAGACUUCCUUGGAUCACUGGCUUUUUGCUAGGGGGCAGGGAGCCGCCUCAGCAAUCCCACAAAUCGGCGAUCCUUCCUGGGAACAUCCCUGCACACUGUGCUCGCCCGGCCCAGGACCAUUCCUUUCCUGCCGCUCUGCAAGAAAACAGUGGCGGAGCCCCUUUUCCUUUCUGUAAUCCCUGCUGAAAAGAGUAGGAGAAAAACCCCCUUAUCAAAGGAGACGAGGAGACCACCACCACCACCACCCAAAAAAAAAUAUACCUCUUUUUUAUUUUCCUAUUAGGUACCACUUUUUAGCACAAGGUGACGUCUACUGAGAAAAAAGAUGAAAAUAGAAUCCAACGUUUGGAGAACCGCCUGGGCCGCCUGAGGCUCAAUUCUCAAAUCUGCUUUGAUUUCAAGAUGUCUUGCUCUGAGUUUAAAACUUGCCCACCUUGAGUCAUUUUGAUCCGAUGCUUAAGAUCAUUAAUUACCUGGCCGUUUUUGUGUCUUUACAUGGACCCCAGGCUUCAGCUAAAGGAAAAAACAAAGUUAUAUUUCUAGCAACGCAGAGUAAAAAUGACCAACAUUCAGUUUCAUCUCUACAGAAACAAGAACAAUAAAACAGCAAUACAUUGAAUUAGCUUUUGCUUUUGAGUGAUGCUGUCCAUUGCAUUGCCAAAAUAAAUCUAUUUUGGCCGCUUUUUAAUUUUUGGAUUGUUAAUAACAAUAAUUGGAAGCAACCAUUGAAAUACGUUCCUGUUUUCUAUACUGAGGCUCCCUCUCCUCUCAUUUCGUAGAGCAACUGACAAUGCUAUGGAUGUUUGGGCUUUCCUGAUCCUUCUUCAUGCUAUCUCAAGAGAUUUAAAACACACACACACACACACACACACACACACACACACACACACACUGAAGCUCUUUUUUAAGACAAGAGUCUACAUUUUGGGUGCUUGGUUUGAAAACCUCCGAAAUGCAUCAAACUGGAUGAAUUGCACUCUUAACCAUCCUUCCCUAUAGACUCAAUAUCAUUUCAUUAUUCAUUUUAGAAAUAUUGCCUCAAAUGCACCUAUAAGCAAGUGAAGAUAAGGCCAUCAAAAGUUGGGCAGAAACCUUGAAAGCCCUUCUGUAGUUGACGAGCCCGAAUGGCUCAGAUCAGUGUGUUGAUUCAACUUCCCUCGGCUGCAUUGUAUAUGUGACGUGCCUUCCACAGAGCUGGCUGUGGGGAGCCAUGGCAUUCCAGGGUGCAUGCAUGCUGCACUUGGUUUCAGGGUGCUUUCCUCCCAUACUCAAAUCAUCUGAAAAUCUUGAAAUCCAAGGGCAACGUGUGUCCUUCAUGCUAAGCUGUCGCAGAAGGGCAGAGUUCCUGACAUCUUCAAGAUCCACGCACAAGCAAAGUGCCACCUCCAUUAGACCUCUGCAACCUAGCAUGGCUGCUUCAUGUUUUGGAUACCACAGUGAACUUGCUAGUUCUUCAAGUACCCCAGGAUGACUCAUUUAGGGUUGCUGUAGCCUGUCACCCAGCAGCUUCAUUUCUCAUCUGUCUCUCCAGCAAUCUUCCAAUCAGGUCCAGAAGCUUCAUCUUCUGGCCAUUUCUGGAAGAUCCUUUCAAAUCCUUUUUAAUGAAUUGUCAUGUAAAUAUUGGAGAAUGGAUUACUGGUGGCCGGGAGUUAAGUAUUUGCUUUCUUCAGUUUAUUUACGGUGGACUACAAGGGAAAAGUGGUGGGGGGGGGGGGGCUUAUGAAUUAUGAAAAGCAUUUACAAAAUCAUAGUCAUCAGUCCAUAUUUUUAGAACUGUGCAUUUUAUGCAUCAAAAUUAUUAUGCAUUUUAAAAAGUGUACUUAGCCUUGAGUUCUGCCAUAUGAAAAUGGCCUUUUGUGAUACGAAAAGUUAUUUGCCAGAACCCAACCGCUCUGAAAAUGCGCAGGGUUGGACAAGGGCUGACAGACUGGGUGGGGGGGAGGGGGGUUGAAUGCUGCUGCUGCCUAUUCUCCCCCCACCCAGCCCCCAGGGCAUGCUGGGUCUUGUUCCUUUGGCAGUUGAGGAGGAGGAGGAAGGCCGUGAAUGGAAGGAAAGGGGCAUUCCCAUUGCACGAGGAAGGGACCUGCGCAUUUGACCCUGGACGACAUCACAAUUCUGAUGACAGAUUUGGGAUUUAUUCUAUUUUAGUUUGGAUGUGGGAGGUAUGUGCUUAAGAAUCUUAGAUUUUUCUAUAGUUAAAGAUGCCGAUAUCUAUGUUUUCCCCUUUCUUUGGGAAAACUUUUCUCCAACUCUGUCCCUUAAUUGUACUGGAACUCUGAGUUCUCUUUUGUCCAAAGCACUUUGUAAAGGCUUAAGCUGCUUCUGUGUUCACUUGUUGCAAUUUUGACCGAAAGAAUGUGUAGUGUUAGUACCAAAGAAUGUUAUUUAAAGUGGGGAGAAACAGAUGUCUGACCCUCUUGCUCCUUCUCUGUCCCCAGGACGAAGUGCCUGUGGGACUAACCGAGACCAGGAAGCAUGGAGAUCUGAGGGGACGCAUGUCCUUCCUGGCCUGCUGAGCAGAGCAGCCAGCCGGAGGGGAGAGGGUCUUUUGGGUGGGGAAGAGCCCCUGGGGAGCAUUAUUUGCACUGGGGGGGAGCCGGGCCCUAAUGCUGCUCCCACUUGAUCGCACUAAAGGUUCUCGGGUUCACAGCUCCUCCGAGAGUGGAGGAAAACGGUUUGGCCAGAGAGCACAGCCUCAAUGUGAGUGGAAGGCUGAAGGUGGUUCCUCUGCUUCCCUUCCCUGUACCUGUGAGGAUGCUGCAAGCCACGGGGUGGGGGGUGGGGGGGGCAGGCUGCGGCCAGCGGGGGGGCUUGGUGGGCUUUGUCUCCCUUUUUGGAGAGGAGCCGCUCUUGGAGCGUUGACCUCAGAAGGGCGCCAGGGAGGACACUCAAAGGUCGGGACAGAGUCAAGGGCCCCGCUGCAUCCGUUCUCGGCAGAAGAGUCCAGUCCACGCAUUGAAUGCGUAGAAAGCAAAGGGGUCAAGGCACCCGACUCUUGUCCUUGUUUGGAGAGCCUGGUAGGGUGGGGUGCGGGGGUAGACGUCUCCUUUUUUUAGCAUAGCUGGAGCCAGAAAUAAUUCUGUAAAAAUUGUGGCACUUUUUUUGAAAAGUUACAUUUGUUAAUCUGCUUGUGUAUUUUUUUAAUUAAAUCUUUGCAUACAUAGAUUAUUGUUAGAUGAAAUCACCCCAAUGGCUGUGUGCUAGAGGUGUGUGUGUGGAGGGAGUGAGAUGGACUUGUACAGGUUUCUAUGGUCUUAAUACAGUCAAAUAAGCUUGUGACGCUGUAAAAUAUCAAUACUAGCCAAAGAGCUGGAAUGUUGCCCGCAGAACAGUUGCUCAUGUGGCUCUCCAGGGCCCAGAACUGCCUGUCAGAAGCAUCGAAUGGCAGUAGAUAAAGGACGAUUUAAUUAGGCUAAGAGUUCAUUGAAAGAUUAUGAAGUGGGUGGAUGGAUUCUUUGCUAUGGUCAGUGGUCAUAAAAUCUUUACAUACAUAGAAAUGAUUGAUUGAUUGAUUGAUACUGAUUGGUGAACAGAUCAAUUUCAGUGCAUUUUGCAUAUUACAUGACAAAAUGUGGCCAUACUUAAAGAGAAUAAUGGCCUUAUUAUGUCCAGGAAGUGGUCUUUAAUUAAUGGUGCCAAAGCAGAUAGAACCAGCCAUUUAUUUACCGACACCAGUAGAAGAAAAUGCAACUGACUUUAUUAGUGUCAGAAUUAGACACACAAGUGUAAUUCAGUGUUGGACAUUUGGAUGGAGAUGCUGGGUGCAACCCCAGAAGCAGCUGCAGCAAAGGUCUUGGGGUGAGUGGCAUGAGACCAGGGCAAGCCACCUUUUCUGGUGAGUUGUAGCCAUCCAUCCUAGUUGCAAAGGCUAAAACCUGAGAGUUCACGUACGCCCAGCCCCAACCCAGAGAAGUGAACGGGGGACUGUUCAAGAGAGUAGGUUACAAGACAAAAGAAGCCGCCUGGUUCUGACUUCAUUAGUACGUUGUAUGAUUAAUAGAAGGUGACCGUUGUCGUUGGACAGAGGGCAAAUUUCAUGCUGUCAACCAGUUCUGAUCUUUGUAACCUUGGAUUUUAUUGUUCCUCCAAAUACAGUUUUAAAAAGCAAACCUUGAUUGUCUGAAUCCGUGUGUACGUUUCCUGUCUUGGCUGCUUUUUUUCCUGCAACUCUACCUAUGAAGACUCUACCUACUUUUUGAUGCAGUUUGUGGGUUCUUCAUCUAGACCAGUGAUCCCCAGUCUUUUUGGAUCCGUGGACCCUAGGAGAGGGGGGAGGGGAUGGUUUGAUGCACACAACCUAACUCCUGCCCGUGUGCAAAUGCAGCUUCAUGCGCACUCACCCGCCACUUCCACAGCCCAG